AUGCUCCUACGGGAGCAAACGAUUCCGCUCCGACUGGAGAAGUUCCUAGAGAGCACCACGAAACGGAUUGAACCAGAUCACGUUCAUCUCAACCCCGAUGCAUCAACAGAUCCAGCCACCGGCGCAGCUGCGCCAACCGGACGAGCUCCCGGUGCGAACGCAUCACCAGCUCGAACUAGAUCCGGUAACUUAAACCAGAAUGUCGACAGCUCCGUCGGGGGUAACCCAUACACAUGGGUGCGACCAGAAGGCCGAUCAAACGAUCACAUGCAAUUCAACUGGCCGCGCCGCCCUAAAUCGAAUUCGUUCGGACAAACGCGAACUGAUCCGAAUGAAACAAGUCGGGGGUAA